AGCCUCCCCGCCCCUCUCGCAACGCUCAACUCCGGGAACCACCCCCCGCGUCCCCCCCGCGCUCUCGCCUGUCCGCCAUGGCCGACAAGGAAGCAGCCUUUGAUGACGCAGUGGAAGAACGUGUGAUCAACGAGGAGUACAAAAUAUGGAAAAAGAACACUCCUUUUCUUUAUGAUUUGGUCAUGACCCAUGCUCUGGAGUGGCCCAGCCUCACUGCACAGUGGCUUCCAGAUGUAACCAGACCAGAAGGAAAAGAUUUCAGCAUUCAUCGACUUGUCCUGGGGACACACACUUCAGAUGAACAAAACCACCUUGUAAUAGCCAGUGUGCAGCUCCCUAAUGAUGAUGCUCAGUUUGAUGCAUCACACUACGACAGUGAGAAAGGAGAAUUUGGAGGUUUUGGCUCAGUUAGUGGAAAAAUUGAAAUAGAAAUCAAGAUCAACCAUGAAGGAGAAGUGAACAGGGCCCGUUAUAUGCCCCAGAACCCUUGCAUCAUUGCAACAAAGACUCCAUCCAGUGAUGUUCUUGUUUUUGACUACACGAAACACCCUUCUAAACCAGACCCUUCUGGAGAGUGCAACCCAGACUUGCGUCUCCGUGGACAUCAGAAAGAAGGCUAUGGGCUUUCUUGGAACCCAAAUCUCAGCGGGCACUUACUUAGUGCUUCAGAUGACCAUACCAUCUGCUUAUGGGACAUCAGUGCCGUUCCAAAGGAAGGAAAAGUGGUAGAUGCGAAGACCAUCUUUACAGGGCACACAGCUGUAGUAGAGGAUGUUUCCUGGCAUCUACUCCAUGAGUCUCUGUUUGGGUCAGUUGCUGAUGAUCAGAAGCUUAUGAUCUGGGAUACUCGUUCAAACAAUACUUCCAAACCAAGCCACUCAGUUGAUGCUCACACUGCUGAAGUGAACUGCCUCUCUUUCAAUCCUUACAGUGAGUUCAUUCUUGCCACAGGAUCAGCUGACAAGACUGUUGCCUUGUGGGAUCUGAGAAAUCUGAAACUCAAGUUGCAUUCCUUUGAAUCACAUAAGGAUGAAAUAUUCCAGGUUCAGUGGUCACCACACAAUGAAACUAUUUUGGCUUCCAGUGGCACGGAUCGUAGACUGAAUGUCUGGGAUUUAAGUAAAAUUGGAGAGGAACAAUCGCCAGAAGAUGCAGAAGAUGGGCCACCAGAGUUGUUGUUUAUUCAUGGUGGUCACACUGCCAAGAUAUCUGAUUUCUCCUGGAAUCCCAAUGAACCUUGGGUGAUUUGUUCUGUAUCAGAAGACAAUAUCAUGCAAGUGUGGCAGAUGGCAGAGAACAUUUAUAAUGAUGAAGACCCUGAAGGAAGUGUGGAUCCAGAAGGACAAGGAUCCUAGAUAUGUCUGCACUUGUGAUUUUAAACUCCCCUUUUUUCCCUCUCAAUCCUGAGAUUGAUUUAACACUGGUUUUGAGACACA